CUUCCUCCCCCUGGGACUCUGCUGUUAUCAGCCCGCCGCUAGCUUCCUCUGCCCCCGCUCUCUGCUUCUCUCCAUCACAAUGAGUCGCCCUCCGAUGACACCGCAAAAGAGGCGACAACCUGACUCACAAACUCAACCUCCUGCUCUACCUGAAAGCGAGCGGAUUGUCUACGAACUGAUCAAAAGCAGAAAGAACAUGGGGAUUUGGAUAGCUGACAUAAAAAGAGAAGCCGGCAUCCAGAAUAUUAUUGUUACCAAGGCUCUCAAAUCUCUCCAGAGCAAGAACCUCAUAAAAGAUGUUGUUAAUGUUCACAAUAAGUCAAGAAAAACCUUCAUGGCUGUAGAGUUUGAACCAUCGAAGGAAGUAUCUGGGGGUUCAUGGUACUCAGAUGGAAGCCUUGAUACGGAGUUCAUUAAUAUUUUGAGGAUGAUGUGCUUGAAGCAUAUUGAAGACCUUAGGAUUGCAACUAUUGAAGAUAUCCAUAAGUGCAUUGCGGCCUCACGAAUAAUGAAGGUGGAAUGUACCAUGCAGCAGGUACUGGAGAUCGUUCGGGCAUUGGCUUUGGACAAGGAGAUCGAGGAAUUAAAGAGCACUGGAGUAGCUGAAUUCUCUAUGGUUCAAUCUGGAAAGAUUUGCUAUAGGCGCUCGAGAGGUAGACAAGGUCCCAGUGUUGGUCACUUAUCAUCGAUUCCUUGUGGAAUGUGUCCACGGAUAAGCGAGUGCACACCUGAGGGUGUUAUAUCACCAAACACCUGUGUGUAUUACAAACAAUGGCUCAAAUUGGAGUUCUAGAUUCAAACUGGUCGUUAGAGGUCUUUGUCUAUAAUGUCAUCCGAUACUUCGAUUAGGUGAUUUUCUUCCCCCUUUUCCCUUUG